AUGGUCGACCCCGCCAUGAAAAUGGAGAAAGUUUAUGCAACCACAAGUUCGACUAUUGUACCUCUUUUAGUGAGACCCAAAGAGACGAGAAAGUUCCCGACUAAAGCUUUUGAGAACUUUCGUAGUGAUGCCCAGAAAGAUGUAGGACCUACUAUUUUUGUUGGUACAAAUGGAAGAACGUACAACGACAAAGCUGCGGCUUCAAAUAUAGCCAACACACACUUGGUCAGAAUCUUAAAAGGUCGCCAUUUGCAGAUGUUAGCUAUUGGCGGGUCCAUAGGCACUGGUUUGUUCGUAAGCUCUGGGGCAGCGUUAGCCACUGGAGGUCCUGGUUCUCUUCUUAUUGCAUAUCUUUUGAUGGGCGGGAUGUUGUUUUGUACAGUGCAAGCACUAGGAGAGAUGGCAGUCACUUUUCCAGUUGCCGGUUCGUUCUCAACAUUUGCGACUAGGUUCAUAGAUCCAGCUUGGGGCUUUGCAACGGGCUGGAACUAUGCAAUCCAAUGCCUCAUAAUCAUGCCAGUAGAGAUUAUCGCUGCAGCAAUCACCCUCGAAUUCUGGAGUACAUCAAUACCAACUUGGGCUAGUAUCACAAUCUUUCUACUCGCUGUUAUCUUCAUCAGUCUUUGUGGCAUCAAGACCUUUGGUGAAGCAGAGUAUGCCUUCUCCAUAUUGAAAGUCACGGCUAUAAUCGGCUUCAUUAUUCUUGGUGCAGUGAUAAAUUGCACGGGCACUCCUAAAACGGGGUAUAUAGGGGGUAUGUAUUGGACCAAUCCAGGGGCUUUCAAUCACGGUUUCAAAGGAUUUUGUAAUAUUCUCGUUACAGCCGCAUUCUCCUUUGCAGGAACAGAAUUGGUUGCACUAGCAGCUGCCGAGACCUAUAAUCCAAGCAAAUCUCUACCAACAGCCAUUAAGCAGGUCUUUUGGCGUAUUGUUUUGUUCUACAUCCUAAGUAUAACCAUCAUCGGUCUGCUCGUUCCUUACAACUCUCCCUCUCUCAUCUCCACCACAAAUGCCACCACCAACAAAGCGUCUCCCUUUAUAAUCGCCAUUCAAUCCGCAGGUAUCACUGGUCUUGACUCUGCAAUGAAUGUCGUAAUUCUAAUCGCCGUUCUCUCUGUCGCUAAUUCUUGCGUAUUCGGCUCUUCUCGUCUCCUCGCUUCUCUCGCAGCUCAAGGUCAAGCUCCUCGUCCUCUCGCUUACAUUGAUCGAAAAGGUCGUCCUUUAGUCGCCAUUGCUAUCGCUUCCGCGUUUGGUCUCCUCGCUUAUCUAUACGUCUCUCCCGCUGGAAGUUCAGCAUUCACGUGGUUACUAGCUCUUUCAGGGCUCUCUUCCCUUUUUACUUGGGGAACCAUCUGUUAUUCGCACAUCCGGUUUCGAAAAGCUUGGGCACAGCAAGGCCACAGUGUUGAUUCUCUAAUCUACCAAUCCCCAGUUGGUACAAUCGGGUCGUGGAUUGGCCUCGCCAUGAUCGUAUUGGUUCUCAUAGCACAGUUUUGGGUAGCGGUUGAUCCGAUCGGGGACGUACAGACGGGGAUUAAUACCAAAAUUAGUAGCUUUUUUGAAGCAUAUUUGGCGAUGACGGUGGUGCUGAUUUUCUAUGCCGGCUAUAAACUUUGGUAUAGAACAAGAUGGAUGAAGAUUGGAGAUAUUGAUUUGAGGACGGGAAGAAAUGAAGUGGAUGCGGGCAUGUUGUAUAGAGGAAGUAGGGGGUGGCAGAGGAGGGAAAUGGAGAUGGAGGAGUGGCCGAGGUGGAAGAGAAUUUAUAAGUUGCUUUGUUAG